AUGCCGUCCAUGCCUAACACGAUGUUGUCUGUUGGAAUCACCUCCUACGCCAAACCAUCCGACUACCAGCUCCUUGAAUUUCUACGCCCGGAGAUAACAGACUCAAAAGAUGUUCUUGUCAAGGUCCACGCCGCGAGUGUCAAUCCCGUGGAUCUGAAAAAGGCAGAAGGAAUUUUCAAGAUUGCCCUGCAAGAUUCUUUCCCAUACAAGAUUGGCUACGAUACCGCUGGGACAGUCACAGAGAUCGGGCAAGCUGUCACCCGGUUCAAGGUCGGCGAUGCUGUUUAUGUCCGAUUGCCAGAGUCCCAUCGAGGAUCAUGGAGUGAAUAUGCUGUAUGCCCAGAGAACUUCAUCGCUCGGAAGCCACCCUCCCUGUCAUUCGAAGAGGCUGCUUCUAUGCCACUGGCCGCCACGACCGCAUUCCAGGCCUUGAAGAAGUAUGAUGGCGAUCUUGCGGGGAAGACUGUUUUCGUGCCAGCAGGCUUGGGUGGCACGGGCCUAUUUGCCUGCCAACUGGCCAAGAAUGUUUUCAAAGCAGGGAAGGUGAUCACCACUGUCUCGACAUCAAAGGUCCCCAAAGUCCCGGAACUUCUCGGGCAAGGGACAGUCGAUGAAAUUAUCGACUACAAAACGAUGGAUCCCAAAUCGGUCAUUCCGCAUGGCUCGGUUGAUUUUCUGUUCGACACAACCGGCCUCGCUAUGGACUACCUCUGCCUGAUGCGACCUGGGAGUAGCUGCAUUAUAUCCAUCGCGACGUCACCAUCGGGAACCCAGCUGCAGGAUUCCUCCGUGAUGCGACUGCCUCAUCGCCCUAUCGUCCCACUAGUGCCACGAGUGUUCCUGAAUAUCACGGACUCCAUCCGCAGGUUCCGGGCCCGCCGGUAUGGGGUCAGCUAUUCGUACAUGUUCCUGGAAACGAGCGGCGAAGAUUUGGACUCGUUGAGGGGGUUCAUUGAGGAAGGUAAACUGAAGCCAGUGGUUGGUAAUAUUGUGGAGAUGGGAGAUAUUUCGGAGGUCCGAAAGGCAUGUCAGGUUGUAUACAGCAAUCAAGGCGGGCUGGGUAAGAUGGUGAUCAGUGUGGCCAAGGGAGGAGAUGAUCAGUAG